AUGAGUAAAUCAAUUUCUGAACGUGAUAAUCAUCGGAUCGUUUUUGCUACCUUAAUUGCUGUUGCUGUUGCUGAUGUUUCAGUUAUACGCAGUGAACAAGUUGUUAAUCCAGAUAGUUAUCAAUAUUCAUAUGAAUUGGAUAAUGGUGUUAAAGCAUCAGAAGAAGGAAAAUUAAAAGAUUCAGAAACAAUUGUUGUAACUGGUAGCUUUGCAUUUACUGCACCAGAAGGUGAAGCAAUUCAACUUUCAUAUACUGCUGAUGAAAAUGGUUUCCAACCAGUUGGUACACAUUUACCAACACCACCACCAAUUCCAGAAGCUAUCCAAAGAGCAUUAGAUUAUUUGGCGGCUCAUCCACCAGCAGCAUAA